AUGUAUGUGAAAUGGUUUGAUAUAGUAAUGUUUUACUAUGUGAUUUUAGUGUAUUUAGUGAAUGUCACUUUUUGUCAUUUUCAAAUUUCCCGCCGUUCUGUCCCCCCAUACGUCCUGACUUCGCAGGGAAUGGAACCCAGAUGACAGAUGCCGGCAUCCGCCAGAUUACAUUGCCGGGGCCACUGCAUGAGGGACAUCGCGGGAGCGCAGGACAAGUUAAGUGAAGAACAGUUGCCGGAGCAGCGCCGCAUGGUAAGCCCGAGUGUAGCUCGGGGUUACCGCUUUUGCUACACUCGGGAAUACCGUCAGGGAGGUUAAG